UCCUCCUCCACCUCCUCCUCCACGGCUCCUUUCUCGCGAGGCGGAAGAGCAGCAAGGGGGCGCUAGGAGAGGGUACUGGCUGAGCGACGGUCCGGCGAGAGAGAUCUGGGGUGCGGGGAAGUUGGGGAGCAGAGCCUGCUAGGCGUCGGAGCACGGGAAGGCCGCGCCUGCCGGGCCCGUUAGGACACAGGGGAGAGGAGGGAGGGGAAGGCAGCGGUCGGGCGGGUCCCCGGACGGAGGGCUAAGGCGGUGUGACCGGCGCUGCUCCCCGGAUGGCGACCGCUGAUACUUCGACCCCGGCCUCUAGCGGCCUCUCCCCGAAGGAAGAAGGGGAGCUUGAGGAUGGGGAGAUCAGCGACGACGACAACAACAGCCAGAUCCGGAGCCGGAGCAGCAGCACCAGCAGUAGCUGCGGCGGGCUGUUACCGUACCCGCGGCGGAGGCCUGCUCACCCGCCCCGCGGCGGCGGAUCCGGGGGAGGCGGCGGCUCGUCGUCGUCGUCGUCCUCUUCUCAGCAGCAGCUGAGGAAUUUCUCACGCUCGCGGCACCCGUCGGAACGGGGCCACCUCAGGGGACACAGCAGCUACCGACCCAAAGAACCGUUCCGGACUCAUCCGCCCCCGGUGCGGAUGCCUUCGGGCUCCCUGUCGGAAAGCAGCCCCCGGCCGUCGUUCUGGGAGCGGAGCCACAUCGCCCUGGACCGUUUCCGCUUUCGAGGCAGGCCUUACCGGGGUGGGAGUCGGUGGAGUCGGGGGCGAGGAGUGGGCGAGCGAGGCGGCAAGCCGGGGUGCAGACCUCCCCUGGGAGGAGGAGGAGGAGCGGGAUCCGGAUUCGGCAGCAGUCAGAGUUGGCGAGAGCCCUCUCCACCCCGCAAGAGCUCCAAAAGUUUUGGAAGGUCUCCAUCAAGAAAACAGAAUCAUUCAUGCAAAAGUGAAAACUGUGGGGAAGAAACUUUUGAAGAUUUGCUUUUAAAGUAUAAGCAAAUACAGCUGGAACUAGAGUGCAUCAAUAAGGAUGAAAAGCUAGCUUUGAAUAGCAAAGAAGAGCAUGUGCAGGAAGAUGCUAAGACAUUGCAUUUUGAAGACCAGACAAGCACUGACAAUGCCAGUAUUACAAAAGACUCAAGUAAAGAAGUCGCUCCCGAGGAGAAGGCGCAGGUCAAGACUUUUCAGGCGUUUGAAUUAAAACCACUCAGGCAAAAACUGACUUUACCAGGGGAUAAGAACCGGCUGAAAAGAGUAAAAGAUGGGACAAAGCAGCUUUCCUUGAAAUCCAGCACCACAGACGCUAGCCAAGGAUUAGAAGAUAAAGAACAAAAUUUAACAAGAAGAAUUAGUACCUCAGAUAUUCUAUCUGAAAAGAAACUUGGUGAAGAUGAAGAGGAACUAUCUGAAUUACAGCUUCGUCUUUUGGCUCUUCAAUCAGCAAGUAAAAAAUGGCAGCAAAAAGAACAACAGGUAAUGAAAGAAAGCAAAGAGAAACUGACCAAGACCAAAGCUGUUCAGCAGAAGACUAAAACCAGCACAAAAGCACAUUCAGCCAAGAAAGUCAGCACCACAGCUAAACAAGCGUUGAGGAAGCAGCAAACAAAGGCAUGGAAGAAACUCCAGCAGCAAAAAGAGCAGGAAAGACAGAAAGAAGAGGACCAGCGGAAACAAGCGGAAGAAGAAGAGAGGAGGAAACGAGAAGAGGAAAUUAGAAAAAUUAGAGACCUUUCCAAUCAGGAAGAGCAGUACAAUCGAUUCAUGAAAUUGGUUGGUGGGAAGAGAAGAUCAAGAAGUAAGUCUUCAGAUCCUGACCUAAGGCGAUCUUUAGAUAAGCAACCUGACAGUGGAGGAGGCAUUUAUCAAUAUGAUAACUAUGAAGAAGUUGCCAUGGAUACAGAUAGUGAAACCAGUUCUCCAGCGCCUUCACCAGUACAGCCACCAUUUUUCUCUGAGUGUUCAUUGGGGUAUUUUUCUUCAACACCAUCUGUUUCUUUGCCUCCACCAGCUCAGGUUUCAUCUGUGCCAUCAUUGAGCCAGCCUUAUGGAGAAGGCUUGUGUGUUUCUCUUGAGCCUCUACCUCCUCCACCGCCUUUGCCACCUCUACCGCCUGAAGACCCAGAACAGCCUCCAAAACCACCUUUUGCAGAUGAAGAGGAGGAGGAAGAAAUGCUCCUUCGAGAAGAAUUGCUUAAAUCUCUAGCAAACAAGAGAGCUUUUAAGCCAGAGGAAGCGUCCAGUAAUAGCGACCCGCCUUCACCUCCAGUUCUGAACAAUUCUCAGCCUUUGUCAAGAAGCAAUCUAUCCAUAGUCAGUAUUAAUACAGUAUCUCAGCCUAGGAUACAGAAUCCAAAGUUUCACAGAGGACCUCGUCUUCCACGAACUGUGAUCUCGCUUCCAAAACAUAAAUCAGUGGUUGUGACACUGAAUGAUUCAGAUGACAGUGAGUCUGAUGGGGAGACUUCCAAGGCAACCAACAGUGUUUUUGGUGGAUUAGAGUCCAUGAUCAAAGAAGCAAGGCGAACUGCUGAGCAAGCUUCAAAACCCAAAGUACCUCCAAAAUCUGAAAAAGAAAACGACCCUCUGCGGACACCUGAAGCUUUGCCCGAGGAGAAGAAGAUUGAAUAUCGUUUGCUGAAGGAAGAGAUUGCCAAUCGUGAGAAACAGCGUUUGAUUAAAUCAGAUCAGCUGAAGACGAAUUCAUCAUCCCCAGCGAACUCAGAUGUGGAAAUGGAUGGGAUUAGUAGAAUAGCAAUGGUUACUAAGCAAGUUGCAGAUGCAGAAGCAAAGCUCAAAAAACACAAGAUCCUCUUGAUAAAGGAUGAAUCAGUUUUAAAGAAUCUAGUACUACAAGAAGCCAAGAAGAAAGAGUCUGUUCGAAAUGCCGAAGCAAAAAUUACAAAACUUACAGAACAACUUCAAGCAGCCGAGAAAAUCCUCAGUGUUAACAGGGUGUUUUUGAAGAAGCUUCAAGAACAAAUUCACAGAGUUCAACAGCGUGUUUCGAUUAAGAAAGCUUUGACUCUGAGGUAUGGAGAAGAACUUGCUCGGGCAAAGGCAGUGGCCAGUAAAGAACUAGGGAAACGCAAACUGGAACAAGAUCGCCUUGGACCAAACAAAGUGAUGAGAUUGGAUAAUUCUCCAAUAUCAAGUCCAAGAAAGCAUUCAGCAGAAUUAAUUGCUAUGGAAAAAAGACGAUUACAAAAGCUAGAAUAUGAAUAUGCCUUGAAAAUUCAAAAGUUAAAAGAAGCCCGAGCCCUUAAAGCAAAGGAACAACAAAAUCUUGUUCCAGUUGUAGAAGAGGAACCUGAGUUUUCUUUACCUCAGCCCUCACUUCAUGACCUGACACAAGAUAAAUUAACCUUGGACACAGAAGAAAAUGAUGUUGAUGAUGAAGUUUUGUCAGGUUCAAACAGAGAACGAAGAAGAUCCUUCUUAGAAUCUAAUGCGUUUACUAAGCCCAACCUUAAGCACACUGACACCCCUAACAAAGAGUGCAUAAACAAACUCAAUAAAAGUACUGUAGAAAAGCCAGAACUUUUUCUAGGGUUAAAAAUUGGCGAAUUGCAGAAAUUAUAUUCAAAAGCUGACAGCUUAAAGCAGUUGAUUUUAAAAACUACCACAGGCAUUACAGAAAAGACUUUGCACGGUCAGGAGAUUUCUGUGGAUGUGGAUUUUCUUACAGCGCAGACUAAAACAACUGAAGUGAAGCCAUGUCCUUUUAGACCCUACCAGAGCCCUCUUCUAGUCUUUAAGUCCUACAGAUUUAGUCCUUAUUAUCGAACCAAGGAAAAGCUUCCCCUGAGUUCAGUGUCAUACAGUAACAUGAUUGAGCCAGAGCAGUGUUUCUGCCGAUUUGAUUUAACAGGGACAUGUAAUGAUGAUGAUUGUCAGUGGCAGCAUGUACAAGACUAUACACUUAGCCGAAAACAGUUGUUCCAGGACAUUUUGUCAUAUAAUCUGUCGUUGAUUGGCUGUUCAGAGACAAGCACUGAUGAGGAAGUUGCUUCUGCAACAGAAAAGUAUGUUGAAAAACUUUUUGGUGUAAACAAAGACCGAAUGUCAAUGGACCAGAUGGCUGUUCUCCUUGUUAGCAAUGUUAAUGAAAGUAAAGGUCAUACACCGCCAUUUACAACUUACAAAGAUAAAAGAAAAUGGAAGCCAAAAUUUUGUAGAAAACCUGUAUCAGAGAAUAGCUUCAGCAGUGAUGAUGAGCAGUCUGCAGGACCAAUUCAGUAUGCCUUCCGACCAGAGAACCAAAUAAAUGUUCCAGCUUUGGAUACUGUUGUCACUCCAGAUGAUGUUAGAUAUUUUACCAGUGAAACUGAUGACAUUGCUAACUUAGAAGCUAGUGUACUUGAAAAUCCUUCUCAUGUACAACUUUGGCUCAAACUCGCAUACAAGUGCUUGAAUCAAAAUGAAGGACUGUGUUCAGAAUCUUUGGAUUCUGCUUUGAAUGUACUGGCUCGAGCACUGGAAAACAAUAAAGACAAUCCAGAAAUUUGGUGCCAUUACCUCAGAUUGUUCUCCAAAAGAGGGACCAAGGAGGAGGUGCAGGAAAUGUGUGAAACAGCUGUUGAAUAUGCUCCUGACUACCAAAGCUUUUGGACUUUCCUACAUCUGGAAAGCACCUUUGAGGAGAAGGAUUACGUCUGUGAGAGGAUGGUGCAGUUUCUGAUGGGAGCAGCCAAACGGGAGCCAUCAGAUAUUCUGUCCUUUCAGCUUUUAGAGGCUCUUUUGUUUAGAGUUCAGCUGCACAUAUUCACCGGGAGAUGCCAAAGUGCACUUGCGAUUUUACAGAAUGCAUUAAAAUUGGCUAAUGAUGCAAUAGUGGCUGAGUACCUUAAGAUAGAUGAUCGAUGUCUGGCGUGGCUGGCCUACAUACAUCUUAUUGAAUUUAAUAGUCUCCCUUCAAAAUUUUAUGAUCCAUCCAAUGCUAAUCCUUCAAGAAUUGUUAACACAGAGCCCUUCGUAAUGCCAUGGCAAUCGGCUCAAGACGUAAAGACUAAUCCUGACUUAUUAUUAGCAGUGUUUGAAGAUGCCGUGAAAGCUUGUACAGAUGAGAGCCUUAGCAGUGGGGAAAGAAUAGAAGUCUGCCUUCCACUGUACACAAACAUGAUUGCUCUGCACCAGCUCCUCGAGAGGUAUGAGGCGGCAGUAGAGCUGUGCAAAAGCUUGUUGGAAUCAUGUCCUGCAAACUGCCAGUUACUGGAAACACUUGCUGCUUUGUAUUUGAAAACAGAUCAGUAUGACAAAGCCCGAAUGGUAUGGCUUACCGCAUUUGAAAAUAAUUGUCAGAAUGCAGAAGUUUUUUAUCAUCUGUGCAAAUUUUUCAUCCUGCAGAACCGAGGCGAUAAUCUUCUUCCAUUUUUGCGGCAAUUUAUUGCAUCAUUUUUUAAACCUGGGUUUGAGAAGUACAGUAACGUAGAUUUAUUUCGCUAUCUCUUAAAUAUCCCAGGACCACUUGACAUUCCAGCCUGUUUAUGUAAAGGGAAUUUUGAUGAUGAAGUAUUUAACAACCAAGUCCCUUAUUUGUGGCUGAUUUAUUGUCUUUGUCAUCCUCUUCAAUCAAGUAUUAAAGAGACAGUAGAAGCAUAUGAGGCAGCAUUGGGGGUGGCCAUGAGGUCUGAUAUAGUCCAGAAGAUUUGGAUGGAUUAUCUUGUCUUUGCCAAUAAUAGAGCUGCUGGAUCCAGAAACAAAGUCCAAGAAUUCAAAUUUUUUACUGACUUAGUGAAUAGAUGUUUGGUUACUGUCCCUGCCCGAUACCCCAUCCCUUUUAGCAGUGCUGAUUACUGGUCCAACUAUGAAUUUCAUAAUCGGGUGAUUUUCUUUUAUUUGAGCUGUGUUCCAAAGACUCAGCAUUCCAAAACCUUGGAACGGUUUUGCUCUAUUAUGCCAACUAAUUCUCAACUUGCACUGAGGCUACUUCAACACGAAUGGGAAGAAAGCAAUGUUCAGAUUCUGAAACUCCAAGCCAAGAUGUUUACAUAUAAUAUCCCAACAUGCCUGGCCACCUGGAAAAUAGCCAUUGCUGCUGAGAUUGUUCUAAAGGGACAAAAAGAGGUCCACCGUUUAUAUCAGAGAGCCUUACAGAAGUUACCUCUUUGUGCAUCACUAUGGAAAGAUGUAAUGCUUUUUAUCUUUUAUUUUAUCUUGAUGUUUUCCUAUAAAUUUUCUGCAUGUGCCAUAUCCAUUGAUGUGGUAAAUGCUCAAAACCUAGCUGUCUCUUACUUCUAUGCUUCCCUGUCUUUUACAGCAACUCUUGUUUGAAGCAUCAGAAGGAGGUAAAACUGAUAACCUGAGAAAACUAGUUUCCAAGUGCCAAGAGAUUGGAGUCAGCCUAAAUGAGCUCUUAAAUUUAAACAGUAACAAAACAGAAAGCAAGAAUCACUGAACACUGGGUGCAGUCAGUUCUAAGCCCUUAUAAUAAUUGCCAAAAUUAUUUGAAUGAUUCUUCAAGAUUAGGCUGAUCCCUGGCUAAGGUCUGGGUAAGGCAGACAAGCAUUAUUGAUCAUAUCAAGUUCCCUACAAUAUCCUCUCCUUAAAACCGGAAGCAAUGAACAUGAAUGACACUCUUGGAAUGGAUAAAUGAACUUCCUGUUUGGCCUGCUUCUGGGCCCUGCCAGAUUCUCUAACAUCAUGUACGUAAGUAUAGCUCCUCAAAGCGACUGACAUUUAUUUUCAUUUUACUUUGUUUUUUGUUUCGUUUUUUACUUUCCCUACCUUUAUGUUGUGCUAUUCCUGAUCCACUUGACACUCUCUGAUGCCUGAGAGAUUCUUGUUUGGGAUUUAGUUUUCAGGGCCGUGUUUACAGUAAAAAAGCAGGCAGUCCCUUUUAGUUCCUCCUCUUUAAAUCUCUGAGAUUCUUCAUUUCAGGGUUUCAAACGUAAGCAGUCCAUCUUAAGGAAAGUGUAACUGCCAUGGCCACAAGUCUGCUAGUUGCACUUUGAAUGUUCUAGCAGGGUUGUUUAUUGCCCUUUCUACGUUCUGGACUCCUUGCUGAGACUGUUUAACUUGAAGAUUUAAAGAAACUAUUGCAAAUGCCAGUGCAUCAGAACCUAAGAGUGAUCAAAUAUUAUGUGCAAUUUUUUUGUAAAGAAAAUUUAAUUUAUAAUAAAGUUUAACAGUUUAAAGAA